UAUCGCUGCAGGCGAGUCUCACGCGCCGAACCCUCUGCUGGCGGCACAUUUCAGUGACAAAGAAUCUUAAAACAUAUUCAACCUGCUCAAUGAAUUCUAUCACUUCAGGGAAAUGACAACUGUUUUCAAGUUGGCGGAUAAAGUCGCUGCUGUGUGGGCGAGUGAACAGCGGAAUAUUCUACAUGUUUCAGACGUUGACCGGGUAGAAGAGGCUUUUAAAAGAGUUUGAGCGGUACUCCAACCACAAAAGACCCGACUGCAAAAGAAUAGACCUGCAACCCAUUUGUAAACAAACCCACCCGGUGAAUCGAGCCCGUCUGAGCUAGAAAAAAAUGUGUUGGAGAUGCAAAUGACGGUGGCCUUAAGGGACAUUUCACACAACAACUCUGCCGGUGUUCUAAUGACAGCGACCAGAACUCGGUGAGGAGCAGCGGACCAAACACACGUCUGUGUCGCCGUCUCCAUUAGCGGCUCGUUGCAGCUCGCUCCGGCUCAUGUUCAGCCCUCCACUGGUCCUUAGUGGUCCCAUGUCCCCCUUGGCAGUGGUCCAGUGGGGUCCCCAAGUGGUUUCCUGGGUGAAUUCCUGUUGCCAGAGUCCGGUACAGAGUUCGUGAACCUGGCGUAACGUCUUCUGCUGCGAGUCUUCGCAGGAAUAAUGGACUUGGUGUACAGGCCUGACUCGGUGUAAAAGGGAAUUAAAAUGAUGACCUUCGGUACCGACCCGUCCGAGCCCGACUCCGCCGACUCCUCCGACGCGCCCGACGCGUCCAACUUCGACAGGCCCGACGCGGACUGGCCCGCAGGUAAGUUAUCAGGUAAGUAAAACACUUGUCCCUUUAAACUUACACUUACACUACACUGUUUAAAGUACUGUUAUUGGUUUGUAUGUGCACUUUAUUUUAUAUUCUACUGUAAAUGUAAAAUGUUACAAUUCUUGCACUUUGUUGAUUGUUGAUUGUUUAAUGUUGUCUAAUGUUGCACCACCCGCCAUGACACAUUCCUUGUAUGUGAAAAUAUAGUUUACAAUAGAUAGAUGAAUAGACAGACCGAGAGACAAUUGAUUGAUAGAUAGAUAGAUAGAUAGAUAGAUAGGCAGACAGACAGAUGGACGGAUAGAUAGAGCGAUGAACAGAUCCUUUAUUUAUCCACAGGGGGAAAUUUGGUUGUAGAAGCAAGGAUACAGAGUAAACACACAAUAUAUACAAUAAAAUAGUUGAGCAGGACAUAUUCAAUUUUAGAAAAUUAAAUGAUAAAUAAAAUGCAAAGUCUAGAGAGUGUAUUUUCAGUUAAAGGGUUAUUGAUCAAUUUAAGGAGGAUAUGGUCAGAGGUGAUUUAUUAUAAAGUCUUAUAGCAGUUGGCAGGAAUGUUCUCCCGUAUCUGUCCUUUGGUAUUCCUUUCCUCUCACCCUCUCUUUAGCUGUGGAACGUCCUGAAGCAGCUUCGGCCCCAGUCCCCCAGAAACCAAAAGAGUCCACCAGGAGCAGCAGGAAGAGGAGGAGCCCGACUGCCCGGCAGGACUGAUAAAGUGCCAACCAGCCUUCUCCCGCCAGGCGCGAGGGAAGGCUGGUUGGCAUGGUUAUACUUACUAACAUUAAGAAAAGUCUCCAAGUUAUUUAUUUAGGUAUCGAUUGCUGUGAUACAAGAAGAAACUUCCAGGAUCUCCUUGACGACGACGAAGAAGAUGACGAGGGAGGACCACAUGAGAAGGAUGAAGGACUACAGGACCAGAUGCAGAGCGGCGGUUGCCUUUCUUUUAGUGGGCGGAUUUUCUGUGAAGAUCUACAUUCCAGCUUAUAUUUUGUCAAUGCAUCUGUGCAAGAGGUAGUGUUUGCCAGCACCACAGGGACAUCGGUGCCCUGUCCCGCCACCGGCGUGUCCCCUAUCUCACUGCGCUGGUACCUGGCCACCAGCGAGGAGAUCUAUGAUGUGCCAGGCAUCCGCCAUGUGCACCCCAAUGGCACCCUUCAGAUCUUCCACAUCCCCCCUUCCAGCUUCAGCAAACUCAUCCACGACAACACCUACUAUUGCACAGCGGAGAACCCCUCAGGGAGAAUCAGGAGCCAAGAUGUCCACAUUAAGGCUGUGCUACGAGAGCCCUACACAGUCCGGGUGGAGGACCAGAAAGCCAUGAGGGGCAAUGUGGCGGUCUUCAAGUGCAUUAUCCCUACCUCAGUGGAGACCUACAUCACUGUUGUGUCCUGGGAGAAAGACACACUGUCAAUCAACGCUGAAAUGUCACGGUUUCUCAUCACAUCCACCGGAGCCAUGUAUAUCCUGGAUGUGCAAAUGGAGGACGGGCUGUACAACUACCGAUGUAUGACACGCCACCGGUACACGGGAGAGACCCGACAGAGCAAUAGUGCCCGCCUCAUUGUCUCAGACCCCGCCAACUCGGCACCACACAUCCUGGACAGCUUUGAGCGGCGCGAGGUGAUGGCAUCUCAUCGGGUGGAGUUGCCCUGCAAGGCCUCCGGGCACCCCGCACCUAAAUACCGCUGGCUAAAAGACAACCGGCCGCUGGAGCCCGACACUCGCUUCAGACAGAGUGUGACAGGCCUGCUGAUCGAGAGAGCGCAGUCCAGCGACACUGGGGCAUAUGUGUGUGAGGUGUGGAAUGGCUACGGCAAUGCUGAGGUGGUCGGCAUGCUGCUGGUAAAAGAGUUCCUGAAGGUCGUGGUGAGCCCCCGGAAGGUGAAGGGCAGCGUGGGAAGCCAGGUUUCACUGUCAUGCAGUGUAACCGGCUCCGAGGAGUACCAGUUGUCCUGGUACCGCAACGGAGAGCUCAUCUACCCCAGUAACAGCGUUCGCAUGACAGGCCAAAACAGGGAGAACCUGGUCAUGGCCGGCAUGGCCAAGAGCGACGGAGGAGCCUAUCAGUGUUUCGCCCGACAUGGCAAGAUGUCCGCCCAGGACUUCGUUCAAGUCAUACUGGAAGAUGGCACCCCCAAGAUUCUGGCUUCAUUCAGCGAAAAGGUCUACAACAUCAACGAGUUUGUGUCGCUGAUGUGCACGGUGAAGGGCACGCCGGAGCCUCGGGUGACGUGGACUCUGGACGAUGAACCCGUGGUGCGGGACAGCCGCCAUCGCAUCUCCCACUCCACCAACGCCGAGGGCCACGCGGUCAGCCACCUCAACAUCAGCCAGACCCAGGUGCCCGACGGAGGGGUGUAUCGCUGCAUCUGCAACAACUCGGCCGGGACAGUUUCCUACCAGGCGCGAAUAAACGUAAGAGGGCCUGCCAGCAUCAGACCAAUGAAAAACCUCACUGCCAUCGCUGGGCGGGACAUGUACAUCCACUGCCGCGUCAUUGGCUACCCGUACUACUCCAUCAAGUGGUACAAGGACUCUAAUUUGCUGCCAUACAACCACCGCCAGCGGGCCUUCGAGAACAACGGCACCCUGAAGCUGUUUGACGUGCAGAAGGACGUGGAUGAAGGCGAAUACACGUGCAACGUGCUGGUGCAGCCACAGCUCUCCACACACCAGAGCGUCUACGUUACUGUGAAAGUUCCUCCUACCAUCCACCCAUUUGAGUUCCCUCGGUUUUCCAUCGGCCAGCGAGUCUUCAUCCCCUGCGUGGUCAUGUCCGGCGACCAGCCCGUCUUCAUCACCUGGCAGAAGGACGGUCGGCCCAUCCCGGUCAGCCUGGGUGUCACCAUCGACAACAUCGACUUCACCAGCUCCCUGCGUGUCUCUAACCUCACACUGAUGCACAACGGCAACUACACCUGCGUCGCGCGCAACCAGGCCGCCGCCGUUGAGCACCGGAGCCAACUCAUCGUCCGAGUUCCUCCCAAAUUUGUGGUGCAACCAAAGGACCAGGACGGCAUCUAUGGAAAGGCAGUGAUACUCAACUGCUCAGCUGAAGGCUAUCCUGUUCCUACCAUCCAGUGGGAGUACUCCAAAGGCGCCGGCGUCCCUCAGUUCAAACCCAUCGCCCUCAACUCAGGCUUCCGGAUCGAGGUGCUGGUCAACGGCUCUCUGUUCAUCAAGCAUGUGCUGGAAGAAGACAGCGGCUUCUACCUGUGUAGAGUCAGCAACGACGUUGGAGCUGAUGUCAGCAAGUCCAUGUAUCUCAAUGUCAAAAUCCCUGCCAUGAUCACGUCCUACCCCAACACCACGCUGGCCACGCAGGGUGAGCAGAAGAAGAUGAGCUGCACGGCUCACGGUGAGAAACCCAUCAUGGUCCGCUGGGAGAAGGAGGAACGCAUCAUCAACCCUGAGACCAGCCGUUAUGUGGUUUCUGUCAAGGAGAUGGGCGACGAGGUCAUCUCCACCCUGCAGAUCAUGCCCACAGUGAGGGAGGACUCUGGCUUCUUCUCCUGCCAUGCCAUCAACUCCUUUGGUGAAGACAGAGGAAUCAUACAGCUCACAGUGCAAGAGCCACCGGAUCCCCCAGAGGUGGAGAUCAGAGAAGUUAAGGACAGGACCAUUGCACUGCGUUGGACUAUGGGUUUUGAUGGCAACAGCCCGAUCACAGGCUUCGACAUUGAAAGCAAGAACAAAUCAGCCUCCUGGGAUACCGCUCAAAAGACCAAAGAUGUCUCACCUCAGCUCAACCAGGCCACCAUCAUCGACCUCCACCCCUCCUCCACCUACAACAUCCGCAUGUUCGCCAAGAACCUCAUCGGCAAGAGCGAGGCCAGCAACGAGCUCACCAUCACCACGGACGAGGCCGCUCCUGAUGGACCCCCUCAGGAAGUGCAGCUGGAAGCCCUCUCCUCUCAGAGCAUCCGAGUCUCUUGGCGGGCGCCGAAGAAGCACCUCCAGAACGGAGCCAUCAAAGGCUUCCAGGUGGGCUACAGGGAGUACAGCUCUGGUGGAAACUACCAGUUCAGUGUGAUCAGCAUAGAGACCACAGGGGACAACGCAGAGAGCCUGGUGCUGGACAACCUGAAGAAGUUCACCCAGUACGGAGUCGUGGUGCAAGCCAGCAACAGCGCCGGGACGGGGCCCUCUUCCGCGGAGUUGGCCGCCACCACGCUGGAAGACGUGCCCAGUCGUCCUCCAGAGAACGUCCAGGCCACUGCAACGUCUCCGGAGGUCAUCUCUCUGUCCUGGCUGACCCCUCCCAAAGACGCUCUCAACGGCAACCUGGUGGGCUUCAGGCUCAUCUACUGGGCCAACCUGCCUGAUGGAGAGCUCGGAGAGAUCAGGAAUGUGACGUCCUCUAAGCCCUCUCUGGAGCUGGACGGACUGGAGAAGUACACCAACUACAGCAUCCAGGUGUUGGCCUUCACCAGAGCUGGAGACGGCGUUCGCAGCGAACAGAUUUACACCCGCACCAAGGAGGACGUUCCCGGGCCUCCGGCGGGCGUGAAGGCAGCCGCUGCAUCGAACUCCGUGGUGUUUGUGUCCUGGCUCCCUCCUCUCAAAGUGAACGGCAUCAUCAGGAAAUACACCGUGUUCUGCUCCAACCCACACCCCACGGUGAGCAGUGAGUUUGAAGCGGCCCCAGAUGUGUUCCACUACCGCAUCCCCAACCUGAGUAGGAACCGUCAGUACAGCAUCUGGGUGGUGGCCGUCACCGCCGCGGGCCGUGGAAACGCCAGUGAAAUCAUCACCGUCAAACCCAUGGCUGAGGCUCCGGCUCGGAUCCUGACCUUCAACAGGACUGUAACGACCCCCUGGAUGCGGGACAUUGUGCUGCCUUGUAAAGCAGUGGGUGAUCCAUCCCCAACCAUUAAGUGGCUGAAGGAGUUCAAUGGAACCCCAACACCUGUCGUGAUUGACAGCCGGCGCAGCGUCCAUGGCAACGGCAGCCUUGUUAUUCGCACGGUGAAAGCAGAGGAUUCUGGGAACUACACUUGUGUGGCCAGCAACAGCUUUGGCUCAGACAAGAUCGUCCUCAACCUGCAGGUGCAAGUUCCACCGGACCAGCCUCGCCUCACAGUGACUAAGACCACCACCACCUCAAUAACCCUCUCCUGGAUCCCUGGAGACAACGGGGGCAGCUCCAUCAGAGGCUACAUUCUGCAGUACUCGGAGGAUAACAGCGAGCAGUGGGGCAACUUCGCCAUCAGUCCCAGUGAGCGCUCCUAUCGGCUGGAGAACCUCAAGUGUGGCACCUGGUACAAGUUCACACUCACAGCCCAGAAUGCAGUGGGGCCGGGACGCAUCAGUGAGAUCAUUGAGGCAAAGACCCAUGGGAAAGAACCUCAGUACUCUAAAGACCAGGAGCUGUUCACCACCAUCAAUGCCACCCGGGUCAAGCUUAACCUGAAUGGCUGGAAUAACGGCGGAUGCCCCAUCACCUCCUUCACCUUGGAGUAUCGGGCCGUGGAGGCACCCGCGUGGACCACGGCGCAGCGCACCUCCCUCACCAAGAGCUACAUCCUGUACGACCUGCAGGAGGCCACCUGGUACGAGCUGCAGAUGAAAGUCUACAACAGCGCCGGCUCCGCCGAAAAGAGAGUCAAGUUCUCGACACUCAGCUACGACGGCAGUACCAUCGCACCGUUGGUGAAGGCGCCCAAUGUGAGCGAGGACCACUCCGGGGGCGGCGAGGGUUUGAAGAUGAUGGUGACCAUUUCCUGCGUGCUGGUGGGCAUCGUCGUCAUCUUCAUCGGGCUGCUGGUGCUCAGGAGGAGGAGGAGGGAGCAGAGGCUCAAAAGGCUGCGUGAUGCAAAAAGUUUGGCUGAGAUGCUCAUGAGUAAAAACACACGUCCAUCUGAGCCAAUUAACAAACAGCAGCAGACACUCCGCAUGCACAUUGACAUCCCCAGAGCUCAGCUCCUGAUCGAGGAGAGAGACACCAUGGAGACUGCCGGUAAGGCCCGGCACCAGAGAGGAAAGUCACAAGUAACUCUCGCAGCGGAUGAAGCUGGCGAUCGUAGUGCUGAGCUCGUUUUCUGUCGCCGCCCCACAGACGACAGGUCCACUGUGUUACUGACCGAUAACGACUUUGGGGAGACCCAGAAACAGAAGUCGUCCACAGUCACCCACACAGUCCACUACCAGUCCCUGUCCCAGGCCACCGGGCCCCUGGUGGAUGUGUCCGAUGCCAGACCAGGAACCAGUAAGUUCAACCCCACCGCCCGCCGCAUGGCCAAAGCCGGCCCAGCUGCUCGCAACCGCUACGCCAGCCAGUGGACCCUGAACCGCCCACACCCCCCUGUCUCCUCCCACACUCUCAGCACCGACUGGAGGCUGCCCACCCCCAGGGUGGCGGGCUCCGUUGACAAGGAAAGCGACAGUUACAGCGUCAGCCCAUCUCAGGACACAGACCGAGCGCGGAGCAGCAUGGUGUCGACGGAGAGCGCGUCCUCCACCUACGAGGAGCUCGCCAGGGCCUACGAGCACGCCAAGAUGGAGGAGCAGCUGCGCCACGCCAAGUUCACCAUCACCGAAUGCUUCAUCUCUGACACUUCCUCGGAGCAGAUGACGGCGGGCACCAACGACUACACGGACAGCCUGACCUCCAGCACGCCGUCCGAAUCGGGCAUCUGCCGCUUCACUGCUUCCCCGCCCAAGCCUCAGGACGUCAGCCGGGUCAUGAACAUGGCGGCGCCCAAGGCCCACAGACCGGGGGGCGAGCUGGUUCACCUUCCUCCGUACCUGCGCAUGGACUUCCUGUUAAACCGAGGCAUGACCUGCUCGGGGUCAUCCAGGGGGACAGCGAGCGGGGAGAGAGCGGCCAUGGGUCAGGCCUGCCUGGAGCCCCAGAAGAGUCGCUCGCUGAAGCGGCCUUCGCGCAUGGCGCCGCCGACGCCCACAGAGGCCCCUCAGGCCAACAGGGACCCCGUGGCCCAGUGGCAGCCCGGCGCCGCAGCCACACUCCCCCACAGAGAGGGCUCGGAGCUGGCCCAGGCCGCCAAGCUCAGCACCUCCCAGGAGUCCCUGCUGGACUCGCGAGGACAUCUGAAACCGAGCAGCAACCCCUACGCCAAGUCCUACACGCUGGUAUAACAGCAGGGGCGCCGAGGGCGGGGCUAGAACUCACUAACACUGGACUUAACACGCAAGUGCAGUAAACUGACUUUCACCACGCAGUUCUGUAUAUAUGUGCCCCCCCCCCCUCUCUUUUACUAAUCUCCUUUUAUAUAUUUUAGAGCUUUCUUUUAUAUCUUGUUUGUAUUUCUUUCUUUUUUCUUUUUGUUUCACUUGAGAAAAAAUGCACUCAUCGGAAACAACUCGAGUCGGAGUUUUGCCAAACUAAUGGAGUAACGAGGGAGCGUUAUUUAUUCUUGAUUAUUGUUAAAAUCUUUAUAAUUAAUCAGUGAUUAUUAAUUGUUAGUUGUCAGCUAUUAAUGAUCAUUCAUUAUUGAUUACCAAAUGAUCUAUUAUCACCAUUACUACAAGUUUUCAUAAGAACCCGGACAUCCUUUUUUUCUGGAGUGGAAGAUGACGAUUUGGAGUCAUUUUUUUCCUAUGGAAUAUCCUUCUGAAACAUUGAAUGAAUCUCGGGAGAAAUCUUGGAAUAAAAGCAAUUGACACCAGUCCAAACUUUUCAGCUGCUCUCAAAUUGUAACUUUUUUUAAAGAAAAAAAAAUCUAUUUCCUAUGGAUGCAUGGGGACUGACCAAUUAAAAGACAAUGAGGAUUACGAUCGAGGCUGGACAGCCCAGUCGAGCAUUUUGUCACACUAUGAAAUGAUCCAAUGUGAAGAUUUAUUAUUCUUAUUACUAUAAAUAUAUAUAUAAAAAGAGAAAUCACUUUUAUUUGUGGAUAUUACAGGGAAGAAUUGAUUUGGUUAAUAAAGUCCUUAGUCAUGUUUGCA